AUCCAGCGUCUUCCAGCGACCUUUAUAAGGUCGUCUGUCCACCUUGUAUUAUGAUAGUGAUUAGUGGAAUCUUUAGUCGAUUAGUAUUCAAAGAGGGUACAUCCUAGAAAAUCAAUACGAAAUUCAAAAUGUCAAAAUAAAAUUGACAAAAAUAUUUGGGUUGUACGUGUUUGACGUCGUAUUUUCAACAGUUUGUUGUAUUCGGAGUUCUAAGACCUGCUGAAAAUUGUUAAAGUAAUGUUCUAAAUAAAUCAUUUCAAAAUGGAUGUGCUAGUUACGUUAUUCUACAUUCUGUUCUCAAUAUGUGUCGUCUAUCCGCCUACGGAGUUCGUGUCUGCCGGUUUCACUAUAGCUCAGCUGUUCGAGAAUUUCCUUGGAUCUGAGAAUAUGAACUUUAUUGGGUAUCAUAUGAAGAGGACGACUAUAACUGCGUUGAUUCACUCUGCUCUGCCUCUUGGGUACAUCUUCUGUCUGCUUUGUGCGGGGGAACGCAACCCUUGGUUGCCUGCGGCGGCGGCUGCGACGGCCAUUAUUCCGUUGCUGAUGUGCUACAGGCUGUUGUGCUGGUGGGAGAACGACCAAGCGAAGCACCCUGUAGUGAAGGCUCUGAUUCCAUAUGUUACCCCUGGCAGCGACUGGCGAGUGGUGGCUGCUCAUCUCAACAUUGAGUUCAGGAAUGUGGACAAAGUGUCUAUCCAGCUGAACGCUACGAGCAGGUUCGUGGCUAUGGAGACAUGGCUGAUCAAACUGACACAGUACAGGCUUAACGUUGUCAAGCAAGACGACUGCACUCUUGUUGCUACUGCUACCGACAGCCACAACCUCACCCCGACCGGCGAAGACGAGGUCCAAUACGUCAACAUAGAGGCCAUACCCACCCGUGACGACAUCAAGCGCUUUACAUUCCGCAUCUCGACGACCGCUCUCCGUGACCUGCAGCCCAGGCUCCAGCAACCAGUGAGGGUUCCCGACCACAUCUCGUUGAUGCCCACACUCAUUGAGCGAUUCGUUAACGUUUUCAAGCACUAUGUCGACCAGAAUCCUGUUUAUCUCGUUGAUCAGGAGCUAGAGCUGUGUAUCGGCUGCAUGCAGUACCCGGCGGACGUGAAGCUGAACCGUCGCUGCCAACCCCCGCCCGCGCACGUCAGGGGUGGACCGCGUCAAUGCCAGCAGUGCAAUUGCCGCGUGCUGUGGUGCUGCGCGUGCAUGGGCCGCUGGUGGGCCACGCGAGCCUCGGGCCCGCCGGCGCGCUGGCUGUCGGGCCGCGCCACGUGCCCCGUGUGCCGCGCCACGUUCUGCCUGCUGGACGUGUGCCCGGCGCGGCUGGCGGCGUCCUGAGGCCCGCGGCCGCGCGUGCUGCUGACGUUCACGGCCGUGGCCUACAGCCGCUAGCCGACACAGCGCGUGCGAACACACAGGUGCACUCAAUCACAUUCCAAAAUAGAACACCUUGCUUUCUUAUUCGGACUUCUUUGUCAUUCUUUUUAGGGUUUCGUACCUAAAGGAUAUAGGAAUAUUUUCGGUGAUUCCCAUGUGUGUGUAUUACUCGAUAU